AUGAGCAAAAGGAAACUGAGUUUCAAGUGGUUUGGUAGCCUCACCAACCUCUCCUUUCGCCGCUCCACUGAAAAAUCUGACUCCAAGACCUCUCCGUCCAAGUCUGGAGCAGGAUGUGUACCUGGAGAUGGCAAGGCGAUCCUGGCUCCAGUUGUUGAGACAACAAUGGACGACAUGGAUGCCAUGCGUCCUCGCACUGCCAGCUACAUUCGCUCCAGUGAGAGCUACACACACAUGGGUACGCUGCCACGGCUACUGAUGAAGAGGAGAGACAAGAGCAAUAAAGGAGGCCCCAGCAGCAAUAAGAAGAGUAAAGACAAGAGCAGCAUCAGCAGAAGUCAAAGCCAGAGACCUUUACGGGACCAAGACUGUGGCGGAUCUAAAGCGGCUAGGGAUGAAGCUGGAAGUAAAGCUGACACUGGGCUCGGCAAAGACUCUCUCACUGUUCCCAAGACCCAGCCUGAACCUAUAGGGGAAACUAAUGUCACAAACACCCAAAACACCAUCUCUACCAUGUCGCCAUCUGGUGGCCCAAGUGCUGCACUCCAACCAGAGACUUGUGACAAGCAGAGCAUCACACAGGCAGGUGCAGACUUGAACCCUGAGGAGACUUCAUCACCUCCACCCAGCCGGGGGAAUGAUCAGAUUAAUGAGGAUGAAGGGUUGGAGUCCAGGCCUGUAUCUGAACCUAAGGAGGAGGCAGAGAGACAGCUGACAGGAGGAGCGGAUAAAGGAAACCAAAACUCUGACAGCAUUUACUGCUACAUGGAGCCAGCAGAGAGCCAGGCAGAAUAUAUGCAGUUCUCCAAGGAGAAGUACCUGCUGGAGUCUCCUCCUGAGAAACUUCGGAAGGAGCUGGAGGAGGAGCUGAAACUGAGCGCUGCUGACAUCAGGAGCCAUGGCUGGUACCAUGGACACAUACCCAGAGAGGUGUCAGAGACUCUGGUUGUACGUAAUGGUGAUUUCCUCGUGCGUGACUCUGUGACCAGUGUGGGUGACUACGUACUGACCUGUCGAUGGGAUAAUGAGGUGCUGCACUUCAAAAUCAGCAAAGUCCUGGUCAAAUCCAAUGAGACCAAGGUGCAGUAUAUGUUGGAGUCCGACAGCUUCGACUCGGUCCAGGAGCUUGUGAGGUUUUACGUGGGCCAGCGCAAACCGGUCUCCCAGUCCAACGGAGUCCACAUCUACUGUCCGGUCAGCAGGACUCUCCCCCUGCGCUACCUGGAGGCCACCUUUGCUCUGGCCUGCAGCAAGCAAGGCUCCACCUACUCACCGUCCAGUCAGAGGGGAGCGUAUAUCAAGAGACGGAGCGUCACCAUGACCGAUGGGCUGACAACUGAGAAGAUGAUACCUCACAGUGACUCAGACAGUCCCAGUCCAGUUAAGACACCAGUGGCACCACCAGAACCAGAGCCGGAACCUGGGCCCAACUGCAGCCCAUCGACAAUCCACCACCAUAAGGACGCAAUGCGGAACUGUGCGAUGAGCAUGGACCAGAUUCAGGAGUAUCGCUGCCCCUUGUCACCUGUUGGAGAAACCCCACUGAGUCCUGCAUAUAGUGCUAUCACCAGGCAGAGAGCCCACUCAGGUGGGCGGGUCCUGGCUGUUGUCCCACCCUCUCCUGUGAUGCGUCGUUCCAGCGACCCUCAGCUCAGCCCCUCAGCCAGUAACAACCCGCCAGAGCAUCCCGCGCAUACCUCUCACUCGGCACACUCCACGCCCGCCCAUCAUCCCAGCUACCAAUCACAUUCCUCAGAUACAGCAGGGAGCUACUGUGACCUCAGACCUUGCCCUGCUGGCCCCCCUAAACCCCCAACUAAGAGCUACGUGGAGCGAUUGCGAGUGGAAGAAGGGAGGGAGGAUGGAGCAAGGGAGGAAGGAGAGGGGAUGUUCAGCACCCCACAGGUGGAGACAGCAUCUUUGUUUAGGCCAUCCAGGUACGAGUCUUGCCUUAUGCCAGCUGAGAAUAAGCCUCUAGAGAUGUCUGUGCUGAAGAGAGUCAAAGAGCUGCUGGCUGAGGUGGAUGCAAGGACCGCGGCUAAACACAUCACCAUGGUGGACUGCACGGUGGCUAGAAUAUUAGGUGUAACAUCAGACAUGCAAAGGAUGAUGGGAGUGUCCUCAGGGUUGGAGUUACUGACACUACCACAUGGACACCAGCUACGACUUGACCUACUGGAGAGGUUUUAUACCAUGUCUAUCAUGAUGGCGGUGGAUCUGCUGGGCUGUACAGGAAGCACAGAGGAGAGGGCGGCCCUGCUCCACAAGACCAUCCAAUUGGCAGCAGAGUUGAAAAGCAACCUGGGCAACAUGUUUGGCUUUGCUGCUGUGAUGAGAGCGCUGGAGCUGCCACAAAUUUCCCGCCUGGAGCAGACGUGGAUAACAUUACGCCAGAGACACACAGAGGGCGCUAUUCUUUAUGAGAAGAAGCUCAAACCUUUCAUGAAGAAUAUGAACGAUGGCAAAGAGUCGAAUGCCCUGUCCAACACCUCCCUCCCCCACAUCAUUCCUAUCCUUUCCUUAUUGGAGCGGGGUAUGGCUGUAGGGGAGACGCUGGAGCCCUGGGAGAGUGCAGAGGUUGGAGUAGACGUGGUCAUGUACCACCUAGAGGCAGCUCGUACCAUCGCACAUCACGGGGGGAUCUAUAGAACCAACACUGAGACCAAACUGCAGGGAUUCCAGGAGCAAGCAGAAAUACACGAGAUCUUCCAGACAGAGUUUCAGAUGCGUCUCCUGUGGGGCAGCCGCGGCUCUGAGGGCAGCCAAUCAGAGCGUUAUGAGAAGUUCGACAAGGUCCUCACCGCUCUGUCACACAAGCUUGAGCCUCCUGUGCGCCACAGCGAGCUAUAGCAUCUGCCCUAACACCCAACAUCGCCAAAACACCCCCAUCUGCACUCACCACUCAUUGUGGUAUGGUCUUGUUUUGCAUCGCAAAGGAUGAUGUGGAAGAGUCCAGCGCGAACACUGGGAGGGGGGAGAGUGAAUGAAGAGGCAGCUAACCGAGCAUGUGCAGUGAGCAAUAUAAAAAAGAGGGUCUCACUUAUAACACGUGUUGCACUCACUAUGGACUUCUUCUGUUCCUCCCUGUGGACUUCCUCACUUAUCGUAAAAUAUUUAAAUGGUGUCUGAGAGGAGACAAGCUAAGUGGACAAGAAGAUGGGGAGAUGGGGGAGAUGGGUGACCAGCUCCUCUGCCUGGUACAAACCGUAACGUGUACGGUGUGUCCUGAGGGCCAAACAGAGCUGCAGAGUUUUGCUUUGCUCCAAUAAAACGCAGACUCUCUCUUGUUUCAAACUGCUGUCACACACUGUAGCAGAAAUGCUAACAAUAACUUGCAUAGCUCAUAAUAGAUGUUUUGUCUGUGUGUGUGAGUGUGGGUCUGUAUGCGUGCGUAUGUAUGUAUGUUUACAUGCCCUCAGUCCUUAUUUAUUUUGCUAUGAUCAACGGAUAUCUAAACAUCAUGGACGUUGCUUCACCAAACUCAUGAGAAACUGCCAGUGCUCAUUCGGAGGGAACCAUGUUCAUAAAAACUCAUUAAAUAUGUAUCAAGCAGUCCCAUUGACUCCCUUAAAAAAUGUAUCGGGCAUGCAUUAAUAAAUGUAUCCAAAAUAAUACAUUUGCAGACAUCAUGCAGCAACUUCAAUGUGAGGGUUUUGCGAAUUGUUAAAAAUGUUAAGAGGACAAAAAAACGUCCCUCUGUUGUAGCUGUUUGACUAAUACAUUUGGUCUUGUACACAUAAUUUAGCUUAAAAUGGCACUAACAGACAGAGGACAAAUGGGAUCUUUAAAUUUAGUUUAAGCAAUGUUCACUUAGUAUAUAAACAUUUAUGAACAUACAUUGGUAUGACUGAAGCUUUAGUUUAAAAAGUUGCAGAAAUAAUUACAAUGGUUGAUGCAUGCAGCUAUAAAUGUUAUACCAAGUAAAAUGUUGCUUUAAACUGCCAAUUAAAAUAUAACAAUGUGUCAAACUUGACAAUAUGCAGAUGAUACAGUGAAGAUCUUUCAGGUCUGUGGAUAAUCUUGAAUGAUACCAAACAGACAGAGAAAUCUGUUAUCUUUCAUCUUUUUGCCAGUUUUAAAAACAAUGAAUUAUAAAGGAAGUUCCCAAACUAAGCCCAAUAAUAACAUGUCGACAGCAGCCCUGCUACAGAGAAUGUCAUGUUGUAUGUUUUGAGUUUGUGUUUCAGCAAUAGAGCUAAUCAUUUUAUUGCUAUGGGAUUACAUUUUGGUUGACUGUUUGGUGUUAAAUCUUUGCUGUAUUUACAGCAUGUCGGCUUGAGAGGGCUGGAGCUGACUCUCAGAGCUAUGCAAUCAUUUCAACCAAGGGCUGAGGCCCCUGAGGAACAGACACCCAAUCACAAUAUUCACUUUUUGCCCCUGACAUCACCUUCUUUUUAGAUGUAUAUUCUUUGUUCUCUCAAACCCUAGCCAAACUGAUAAUCUAUAUAUGAACUAAAGUCAUAUCAGAUAUCAACCAAACAGAAAUAAUUAAAAAA